UGAGCAGCCAAUAUGAUUGGAUACAUAUUUCUUUUUGUAACUUUGGCUCUGAGAGGAACAGCUGCACUUGAUUCAAGUGACCUAGCGAAAAUUGAUGCCACAUUUUCUUCCUUUAUUACUGGUGCAAACUUGGCAACUACUGUUAGACUAGUAUUCCAUGACUGCGUUGGUGGGUGUGAUGGAUGUGUAAACAUAAAUGAUCCCAGUAAUGCUGGUCUGCAAAACAUCAUUGAACGAUUAGAUAAAGCUUACACUAACAAAAGGACUGGAUACUCAAGCCUGAUGUCAAGAGCUGAUUUCUGGGUGUAUGCCUCCCUCUACGCUCUGAAGAAUACAACUGCUCAAGCUAACGCAGCGUGCUCCGAGGCAGCUUGUGCUGUCCCAGAAUCAUCUCUUGUUUUCACAACAGGAAGGAAGGACUGUGCAACUGCACCUUUCACAGACAGCAUUGACGGACUACCUGGAGCAAACCUAAACUAUGAAGGAGUUGUUGAUUACUUUAGGGAUGAAUUUGGAUUUACCGACGAUGAAAGCAUUGCAUUGAUGGGAGUUCAUACCCUAGGUGCCGCUCAUUCAACUGCAUCUGGAUACCAAGGUCCCUGGGUUAGAGGAGAAACAACCCUGUUUAACAACCACUACUAUUCAACAAUGUCAUCAUCUGGAUGGAGGCAGCGCAAUGUUGAUUUAACUGGAUCAAGUCCUAAGGUUCAGUGGAACAGCGGAACUGGAAUGAUGCUGAACGCUGAUAUGGGAUUGUUCAAGGACUUUACUCUCAACGACAACGGGGAAGCUUCUUGUACUUAUGACAGUUGUGGAGCAACACCUGGAGCCGCCAAGGUUUUGGAGUAUAGCAAAAGUAACGCAGAUUGGGUUCGGGAUUUUGAAAGUGUGUUCACAAAGAUGAUCAAUCAUGGAGCUGAAAACCUUCAAGAAGUAGCAGUCUAACCGAACAUAACUUUAUUAAUUUAAAAAUAUAUUUUUCCCACGAUCAAAAUUAGAAUAAAAAUUGAAGCAAUU